GCUACAACCCCAAAUAUGACCGCAUCGUCCCCCUGCCCACGUUCAACGACGAAUCUCCGAAUGUGGGUGAAUAUGGCUGAAAGAGGAAACCAGCAGUUCAGGAUUGGCGACGGCCGCCGGUUCGGUACAACCUCCGAACCUGCUGAACGACAUGUGUGCGCUGCAUUUGGAUCAAACCUACUCUAUCAGAAUCCUCAAGGUCAACCUCAACCUGCUAUGCACAAACCUGCAUCGAAAGUGCCCCAUGAUCGAUCACAGCGACAGACGGUGACGGCGAGUCCACCGCGAACGGCAGCAGUGGAACAUUGCCCUGCACGAAGCUCACCCUGGAGAAGCAUUUGCAGCGGCCUUGCGUUCCCCUUCUCCGAACGACGACCCUGCUGCAGCACUACCAUUCCGAGAUCGCCAGGCCGCACUGAGAGUCCAACCGGCUCGUGUACUACCUGAAACUGAUAACCGACUGCAUGAUCUGGAUAAGCCUAACUUGGCGAAGCCGGUACGGCGUUGGCAAUGCCCAAGCUCUAAUACAAUCAGCCGCGUGAAAUUCCCCUCAGGUAGCAGUCGACGCGUUAGUUGGUGAGGAAGCUGCAUUCCGAUUCAACGCCCCCCUCGCUCACCCUCUACAAGGAAGCCAUCAAGAAGCCAGCUGGUUUGGAGUAUCCGGUCCGUAGGUCGCAACGAAAUGGGAGUCAACCAUUCCGUUCUUGUUCUGAAGCUGAACACCGUUCUGGAAACCUGACUCAGUCCCGGACCCUUCAAACUGAUUUGGAACCUUCUGCAACUUCCCAGUAUAAGUUGGUGGAACAUUUUCAUCGCAGUCGCACCAUCACGCAGGAAAACCCAGCAAUCGCAAUAA